CUCACCCAGACUGCAGGUGAUCCAUAAGGACUCUGGUUUGCCUCUGCCUAGUUAAAAGAACUUCACAUAGUUUUUUCUAAGACGUUAUAAAAUGUCUAGUGCAGCGGAAGCAACAAAAGCCAAGAUGCCAGAUGAACUGGAGCCAACUAAAGGAAAGUCCCAUGAUUCUGACAAGAAGGUUGACAAUAAGAUAACGAUGAAUGGAAGAGAUGGACACCAGGACAACCUCAUGACUGGACAGCCAAGCAACUCCAGAAACAAAGCAGCAACUAUUAUAUUCACUCUGAAGAAUGAAGUGGGGGGUCUUAUCAGAGCUCUGAAACUUUUCCAGGAAAAACACGUCCAUCUGGUUCAUAUUGAGUCUCGCAAGUCCAGACGGAGAGAUUCAGACUUUGAGAUCUUCAUAAACUGUGAUUCAGAGCAUGAACAACUGAAGGAGCUGACCGAGCUGCUGAGGACACACACCGAUAUAGUGGAAAUGACUCCCUCUGGAAACUCUUCUUUACUACAUGAUGGUUUGGAAUGUGUUCCAUGGUUUCCUACAAGGAUUUCGGAUUUGGAUCGCUGCUCCAACAGGGUCUUAAUGUACGGCUCUGAAUUAGAUGCAGAUCACCCGGGAUUUAAAGACCAAAUUUACCGUAAAAGGAGGAAGUAUUUUGCUGAUUUGGCUAUGAACUUCAAACAUGGUGAUCAGAUUCCUCGUAUCGACUACACAGCAGAGGAGGUGCGGACCUGGGGUGUGGUGUUUCAGGAGCUUAACAAGCUGUAUACCAGCCAUGCCUGCAAGGAGUAUCUGAAGAAUCUUCCUCUGCUGACCAGAUACUGUAAAUACAGUGAGAACAACAUUCCUCAGUUGGAGGAUGUGUCACGCUUCCUGAUGGAGCGCUCAGGUUUCAGCAUCCGGCCAGUAGCAGGCUACCUCUCUCCAAGAGAUUUUCUAGCAGGACUCGCUUUCAGGGUGUUCCACUGCACUCAGUAUGUUCGUCAUGGCUCAGAGCCUUUGUACACACCUGAACCGGACACAUGCCAUGAGGUUUUGGGCCAUGUUCCUCUGCUGGCAGAACCCAGCUUCGCUCAGUUCUCCCAAGAGCUUGGUUUAGCAUCGCUUGGUGCCUCAGAUGAAGACGUGCAGAAACUUGCCACAUGUUAUUUCUUCACGGUGGAGUUUGGCCUGUGUAAGCAGGAUGGAGGUCUGAGAGCCUAUGGAGCUGGACUUCUCUCCUCUGCUAGUGAACUUAAGCAUGCUCUGUCUGGGGAGGCCAACAUCCGGCCGUUUGAUCCCGUGGUAACCUGCAACCAGGAGUGCAUGAUAACCACAUUCCAAGAUGUUUACUUUGUGGCUGAAAGUUUCGAAGAAGCCAAGAACAAAAUGAGGCAAUUUGCCAAAACCCUUAAGCGUCCAUUCACAGUGAACUACAACCCCUACACACAGAGUGUGGACGUUCUGAGGGACACCUCCAACAUCAACAACAUGGUCAAAGACAUCCGGCAUGAGCUGGACAUUGUUGAAGAUGCCUUACGUCGUCUCGGCAAACUCCAGAAAGACUGAAGAGUAAAAAUCACAAAAUAGAAGUUUGCGAUCUAUUUUGAUUGACCUCACAAUCUAUUUAAAUGUGAUUAUGGGUUGUGCUCUGCCUAUUUUUUUUGCUUGUGGAUAUGAUGCUGCAUAUGCUAAAAUAGAUCAUUGAUGUUUUAUUAAGUUAUAAUAUGAGAUGUAAAAGGUGAAAAUGUCUGUAGUUUCACAAUGAUGAAAUUUGACUCUUGAGCUUGUAACAAAUAUCAUCUUUGAAACAGUGAAGCAGCACUUAAAAUCAGUUUGUUAUAAAAUGUGCAACAUUAGAAGCCCAAGGAACAAUUUUGAAGUUCAAGUUAAAAAUUAAUGGGAAAAAGUUGGAAAACUUUUCAAACAGACUUGUGGCAUUAAAAAAUGCAGUGGGAAAGAAAGUUUCUAAUCCUGAAAUCCAAAAUGGCUGCAUUGAAAACAUCUGUUUUUGCGCAAAAUACAAACCCUACUUUAGUGAACAUGUUGCUGCAGUGUUUAAAAUAAAAUAGAAGAAAAUUCAUUGCUCACACUUGCAUUGCUACUUGAAGAAGAGUCCUUGGAAUUGGAAUCACAGUGAAGUUGGACUUGGUGUCAUUCUCAGA